ACUUUACGUCUACUGCGCAGGCGUCUUCUCGUCUCAACCCGAGCGUCGCCUAAGGCUAACUAUCGGAGAGUUUGCGGCCCGGUACUUCCCUCUGUUCUUCUGCCAUUAAAGGAGCUUAGUGCGUCGGUCAAGUCUCUGCUCCUCCCUCUUCUUCCCGCACCUCAUCCUUUCCAAACCAAGGUCAGGCGCCGGUCAGAAGUCUGUAGAAGCGCGCGCUCUGGAUGCAUGAUUGACAUCCAGUAGUGAGUUCUUCGGCUGUGGAGCUGUGGAAGCAGAGCCUGGAACUUGGCAGACUGGAAUAGAAGCGGUUCAUGAGCUUCAAAGUCCCCUUUAACCACGAAAGACUGCAGGUCAGCUGCAGCAGUUUGCCCGGACAUCAGCGUCCAGCAGUGAUCCAAACGGCAGUCCCCACUCAAAGCUAAAAGUGGAGAGAGACCGGGGCAGCUUUCGGUUUCACAGGGUGACAGGCACAGAGACAUACCCUGAGGCUGUCUCGGUACUUCCUGUUUCUCACGCUCUAGACUAACCUUUAGGGCUCUCUGCGUGCAAGCCUCCUCGGCAAAUAAAAGCAAAGUUCCUCGGCCACUCAACCAGUAUUUACCAAGUAUCUCCCAGUAGACGCUCUGGUUUGCGCCUGAGAAAAAUUCCCGGAGAAAAAGUCAAGAUUUGUCCCCCGCCCCUUAAACACCUGGAGAGGACUCUUCUUUCCCAUAAAUUUGACUGUGAUGAAGUACGAGUCAUGAUUUAGCAAGUCUGCUUGCUAACUUCUUUUAAAAGAUCGUCAGAGGCUGUGGCUUGAGAGUUAGGAGUCAGGCAGAGUUAACAGGGAAGCUAUGGAAGCAACUGAGAAAGAGAAAAUCAGUGUUGAAGAUGAAGCUGUGGAUAAAACCAUUUUCAGAGACUGUAGCAAGAUUGCUUUCUACAGGCGGCAGAAACAGCAGCUCUCCAAGAACCCCACCUACCAGGCAUUGUUAGAUGCAGUCACAACAGAACCAGACAGGACCAGCUUCCAAAUCGUCAGUGAAGCAACUAAGGUUCCUCUCCGGGUUGAAGUUUAUGGUAUAGAGAAAAAUAUUUUCAGACUUAAAAUCAAUGAAGAAACUCCACUGAAACCAAGGUAUGAAGUCCCUGAUGUCAUCACCAGCAAACUAGGAACUGUAAGGAUGGUCUCGUGCUCAGGGGAUGCUGGCAGCCUGAUACUGACAGAUGAAAAAGGCGACCUGAAGUGUCAUAUCUCAGCAAACCCAUUCAAGAUAGACUUGGUGUCUCAGGAUGAGACUGUGCUCAGCAUCAACUCCCUGGGCCAGUUAUACUUUGAGCACCUACAGGUUCCUCACAAGCAAAGAGCUACCAAAGGGAACCAGGAGAGUGUGCCAGCUGACUCCUCUCAGGAAAAUCAGGAAGACCUAGGCCUGUGGGAAGAGACAUUUGGAAAAUUUGUGGAUGUCAAAGCUAAUGGUCCUUCCUCUGUCGGUUUGGAUUUCUCCUUCCAUGGAUUUGAAUAUCUCUACGGUAUCCCUCAACAUGCAGAGUCACACCAACUUAAAAAUACUGGGGAUGGAGAUGCAUACCGUCUUUAUAACCUAGAUGUCUAUGGAUAUCAAAUACAUGACAAAAUGGGCAUUUACGGUUCAGUGCCUUAUCUCCUGGCCCACAAACAGGGCAGGACUGUAGCCGUUUUCUGGCUGAAUGCCUCAGAAACACUAGUGGAGAUCAACACGGAGCCAGCAGUUGAGUACGUCCUGACCCAGAUGGGCCCAGCAGCUGCCAAACAAAAGGUCAGGUGUCAGACGGAUGUGCACUGGAUGUCGGAGAGUGGAAUCAUUGAUGUUUUUCUGCUGACAGGGCCUACACCUUCUGACAUCUUCAAGCAGUACUCAUCCCUCACAGGCACACAAGCCAUGCCCCCUCUUUUUUCCCUGGGGUACCACCAGUGCCGCUGGAACUAUGAAGAUGAGCAGGAUGUGAAGGAAGUGGAUGCAGGUUUUGAUGAGCAUGACAUUCCAUAUGAUGUCAUGUGGCUGGACAUAGAGCACACUGAGGACAAGAAAUACUUCACCUGGGACAAGAAGAGAUUCGCAAACCCCAAAAGGAUGCAAGAGCUACUCAGGAGCAAAAGACGCAAGCUUGUGGUUAUCAGUGACCCCCACAUCAAGGUGGAUCCUGACUACUCAGUAUAUGCUAAAGCCAAGGAACAGGGCUUCUUUGUGAAGAACCCAGAAGGUGGCGACUUCGAAGGCAUAUGUUGGCCUGGUCUCUCGUCUUACCUGGAUUUCACCAAUCCCAAGGUCAGAGAGUGGUAUUCCAGCCUUUUUGCUUUUCCUGUUUAUCAGGGAUCAACGGAUAUCCUCUUCAUAUGGAAUGACAUGAAUGAGCCCUCGGUCUUCAGAGGGCCAGAGCUAACCAUGCAAAAGAAUGCUGUUCAUUAUGGCAACUGGGAACACAGGGAACUUCACAACAUCUACGGAUUUUAUCAGCAAAUGGCCACUGCAGAAGGAUUGAUACAGCGAUCGAAAGGGAAGGAGAGACCCUUUGUCCUUUCACGUUCUUUCUUCGCUGGAUCACAAAAGUAUGGUGCAGUCUGGACAGGAGACAACACAGCAGAAUGGAACUAUCUGAAAAUUUCCAUCCCGAUGUUACUCACCCUUAGUGUCUCGGGGAUCUCCUUCUGUGGAGCUGAUGUGGGUGGCUUCAUUGGCAAUCCUGAGGCAGAGCUGCUGGUGCGUUGGUACCAGGCUGGAGCUUAUCAGCCCUUCUUCCGUGGCCAUGCCACCAUGAACACCAAGCGGCGAGAACCCUGGCUGUUUGGGGAGGAAUACACCCGACUGAUCCGGGAAGCCAUCAGAGAGCGCUACACCCUCCUACCCUAUCUGUAUUCUCUGUUCUACCAAGUCCACAUGUCUUCUGACCCUGUCAUGAGGCCUCUGUGGGUUGAGUUCCCUGAUGACGUAGAGACUUUUGGUGUGGAUGAUGAAUACAUGCUGGGAAGUGCUUUAUUGGUUCAUCCAGUCACAGAACCACAGACCACCAUGGCUUCUGUAUUCCUGCCAGGGUCAAAUGAGGUAAGAGCAAUAACAGACAUAUCUUAUGGUAAAGUUCAGCCUGCAGCUUUUACAUACUACGCCAAAACAUCCACCCUGAGUCUGGAGAAGCUCUCCCUGAGCAUAGCUGAUGACUGGGAGGUCCAUAUCAGAUGAUGGGCAGGUGCCCUGGUGAUGAGGGUGGGAGCCUUUGGACACUCACCCUCCUGCCUCCCGUGAGAUCUAUGCUGCCAUCCAAUUGGCUUCCUGGAAAAAAUGAUAUUUUGCUUUUAUCAAGUAUACUGAUUGCCAAUAGAUUUUAGAUUUAAAGAUUUCAGGUUUGGUGGCCCCUCCUGUAAUCACAGUACUCAGGAAGCUGAGGCAGAAGGAUUGUGAGUUCAAGCAGCAGAACUGCCGAACCAAUCUCCAAAUCAAUGACAGAGCCUGCUCCUCUCAGGGUCGCCCUCCACCACAGCAAUGCAGGCAUAGUGCCCUCUCCUGCAGACGCCCUCUCCUGCAUGGUCAGGGCUGCGGAAAGCUCUCCCUAGACAGUGACUCGGGAGCUCAAGGGUUGGUGUCCCUUUCUUGCUUCUUAGACUCAAAAGUACCAAGUCAAUCUUCAAAUUCAGAUGCACUCCUUUUAAUUAUAUUUUACUAAAUACUCUCUCCUAAUCAAAGAAUAUUCAUAACAUGAAUAAGCUAUAAUUAGUAAUAAUGAAAUAAAUACCCAUGUUCCACAGGUGAACUUCAAAAAUAGAACACAGGACUGGGACUAUCAUAACACAAGUAAGAGGCACUUGUUUUAGACACAGUCAAUAAUCAAAAUAAGGAAUAUCUUAAUGCAUGUCUUUAAAAAUCAAAAUGAAUGUAGUGAUGAGGCAAGCAGGCCUGCUUUCCUCUGCCCAGCUCCCGGGCACCUGGCUAGCUUAUGCCCCGAAAUAACAACACACAAACUGGCUUUCCACUGUAAGCAGACUGGUGACCACAUUUGUAGUGAUGAGGCGAGCAGGCCUGCUUUUCGUCCUGCCCGGAUCCCGCACAGCUAGCUUUA